CCUAGUGGGAUGGGCUUAUUCGGGACUUGCGUGAAACAUCGAUGUGGGCGGGUAUUUUUUUUUAAGUUCUCCGAGCUGGACCUGGCAACGCUAAAGCAAUGGCACCAAAAGUUUUAAAAUGUACCGUGGAGCUGGAAAUCCAAGCCGUCACCUGUCCUGGCGUGGUGCUGAUGAACAAGGAAGAUGUCUACCUCAGCGUCUGCAUCCUGGGCAAAUACCUGAAGACCAAGUGUCUGCCUCCGGUCUUUCCGAUGGUUUUUCGGGAAAGGAUGAUUUUCCACAAGGUCUUUGGGGAAGCUGUGGAUCCAGGACAUGUUGCAGAGCUCUUGGAACUUGACACGGCCACCUUUGAACUCAUCCAGCUGAUACCCCCAGUGGGUGAGACCCUGGCAGUGCUGGCUGAGAAUACCCGUGAGUUCCUGUACCCCGGACCUCGACUCUCCCCCAGCUACGUGGGCUCAAACCGCGACCUGCUGAUGAAGCGUGCCAUCUCAUUCCCUGGAAUCGCCCCAAAGCUGGAAUUUUCCACAUUCUCCGCCAUUGAGGAAUGCUCCCUCCAAGAAGGUGACGCGAUGAUGAUGCGGCGUGUGACACCAUCGAAGCUUGAGAUGCCCAAGAAGACAAAGAAGGGCCCAGGUGAAGAGCGGAGGUGGGCGAGGGGCUACGAGCUGCCCACGGUGUCGUCCCAGUCGCGCUCUCCUUCCCCGUACACCAGGAGGCGCAUGUGUGAGCUGUCUGAGGAGUCCAGAGAGCGCCUGGCCCACCUUAACCUCGGGCCUUACCGGUUCAGGAAGGAGACGGAGACCCAGGCGCCUUUUGUGGUGAGGCACGUGGACGACAAGCAGAGGAGCCUGAUGGACGACUCCCAGCUCUCAUUUCGUUUGUCUUCACCCAAGUCAAACUUGUGCCACAGCUGGUCUUCUGGUUUCAGGGUUGGUGAAGAUUCUUCCCUUCUUGGCAGCUACAGACCAAAGACGACCACAGUUAUCAGGAAGCCCCAGGAGACGGACAGUCCCAACACGUCCUUUGACACAUUUGAUGAACACAUCUCAAAGAGUGCCAGCAGGCUCAUGCAAUCCGGCAGGCUGGCAUCGGUGCACUCGGCCCCCUCCUCGGUGCAGAAGCACCCCCCCAGCCCUCUGCUCCAUCGAUCUUCUCUUAAAGAAAGGUUCGAAAAGGUCAGUUCUAAUACGACAUCUUCAGACUGGGAGGAAAUCCACGACCGAGUUAAGAAUAUCCUCAAGACUCAUCGUUCCAGUCGAGGUUUGCAUUUUGAAGAUGAUGAGGACUCCUUGCAGCCCACCUCUUGUAAAGACUCUCUGUGUGAAAGCGGGCUGGUGGGCAACAGCUCCAGGCUUUUUGAUGACACCAUGGUCCACCUUGGCUCUGGUCACUUCUGGUCCAAUCAGGCGGCACGGUACAAGGGGGUGCCACACAGAGCCGUGUUUGAGGAGAGCCUGGAGAAGAUUUACGGCAACCUUUACAAGAAGGCGUCCGGCAGCACCUAGGGUAGUGGACAGGUCAGCUGCGUCCAGCUCACUUGACCUGCUCUCCGAUUCUACACUGGCCUGGUGGUCUGAAGUCGACAAUCUGGAACCUUCAUCCUGGCUUUCAUCCUUGGCAGGUGGAGACGUUCCUGCUGGUCUGUGACUGAGGGCACACUCGGCUUUUAUGUACACCCGACUUGACCACUCUGCUCUGCCUGUCCCAAUGCCCAGACUUGCUAGUUUGAAGAAUCCCCCUGCCCAGCGAGCCCACAACUGAAAUCGGCUUCACGUGUUCAUUGGGGUCCGUGUCUAGCAAACGGUGAGGCCUUCGCUGGGACAAAUUCAGAUCUGCCAUGGAGACCCCACAGGGUGACGGAGGAGGCAGAGGAGAUGUUUGUUUUACCUUCUCACCACCAGCUGGGGGCGCAUUUGAGAUGCACAUCCUCAGGCUUUGAUGAAAUGAGCUUAGUGCUUAAGAAGAAACCAAAGGACAUGGAGAAGAAGGAAUUAAAAAGGACUUCCCUGUGGAAUGGGGCUGGAAAUUUAACUGCACUGUAAAUACUGGGGUGGUGCAAAUUCAACACUGACAUUUCCUUUUCUUCACUUUUUUUUAUUCAAUAAAUUUCCUGUGCCUGAAGUUUA